AUGAUCAAAAUUGUACCUCUUGGAGCAGGACAAGAUGUCGGCCGUAGCUGCAUCAUUGUAUCAAUUGGUGACGAGAUCACAGGGACAAAAAAUAUAAUGUUUGACUGUGGAAUGCACAUGGGUUACAACGACGAACGAAGAUUUCCAGAUUUCUCUUAUAUCUCAAAAUCUGGAAAUUUUACUGAAAUGUUAGAUUGUAUAAUCAUUUCACAUUUUCACUUGGACCACUGUGGCGCAUUGCCAUUCUUUACCGAAAUGUGUGGUUAUGACGGACCAAUUUACAUGACACAUCCAACUAAAGCUAUCUGUCCAAUUCUGUUGGAGGAUUAUCGCAGAAUUGCAGUCGAGAAAAAAGGAGACACAAACUUCUUUACGUCACAGAUGAUUAAAGAUUGUAUGAAAAAAGUCAAGGCCGUUAGUCUUCAUCAAACGAUCAAAGUGAAUGGUGAUGAAGAUCUUGAGAUUAAAGCGUAUUAUGCAGGACACGUAUUAGGGGCAGCAAUGUUUUAUGUCCGAGUGGGGCAACAAUCAGUAGUCUAUACCGGCGACUAUAACAUGACACCUGAUAGACAUUUGGGAGCUGCAUGGAUUGAUAAAGUACGACCUGAUAUUCUAAUCACCGAGUCAACAUAUGCCACAACAAUUCGUGAUUCAAAAAGAUCACGUGAACGAGAUUUUCUAUCCAAGGUGCAUGAAUGCGUGGCCAGGCAGGGAAAGGUUUUGAUUCCUGUGUUUGCACUAGGUCGCGCUCAAGAAUUAUGUAUUUUAUUGGAGACUUACUGGGAAAGACAUGACGAAUUAAAAAAUAUCCCGAUAUAUUUCUCGGCUGGCAUGACCGAAAAAGCCAACGAAUACUAUAAACUAUUCAUUAAUUGGACCAAUGAGAAAAUUAAAAGUACGUUUGUUCAUCGCAACAUGUUUGAUUUCAAGCAUAUAAAACCUUGGGAAAGAUCUCUAAUUGACGAGGUUGGACCCCGCGUAUUAUUCGCCACACCAGGAAUGUUGCAUAUUGGCACCUCGUUAGAAGUAUUCAAAAAAUGGGCAAUUGACGAAAAAAACAUGUUAAUAAUGCCUGGAUAUUGUGUGGCUGGAACUGUUGGCGCAAAAGUUAUCAACAAUGAAAAGAGAAUAAAAAUUGAUGCUCAGACAACAAUCGAUGUGCAAAUGCAAGUCAGUUAUAUGUCGUUCAGUGCUCAUGCAGAUGCUCAAGGUAUAAUGCAAUUGAUAAAACAAUGUGAGCCCAAGAAUGUUGUCUUGGUGCAUGGGGAGAAAGCCAAAAUGGAAUUUCUGUUAGACAAAAUUAAUAAAGAGUUUAAAAUCCCAUGUUAUAGCCCGGCAAACGGCACAACGAUUACAGUUGAAACAAGUCUCGAUAUCCCAGUGGAUGUAUCGGUGAGUUUAUUGAAACAACAACAAAAUAUGGCAAUGCAAAAAAGAAUUAUGUUGUCGACGAUGUCAUCAUCUACAAUAUUCAAUUCAAAAAAAUUCAUAGACUUUAAUAGAAACUAUAUUAAAGGAUUGAACAUCGAAAAUUUGAAACCGAUACAAUCAAUCCCAAUUCAGGGAUUGUUGGUGAUGCAACCAAAUCACAGAUUGCGACUAAUUGAUCCAAAAGAAAAAAUUACUCUUGAUGAUAACAAUAAUGCGAAAUUAAAGAAUCACAACUUAUCCUUUGAGAUUAUCAAAAAAUUCAAUCUGAAUGGAAAAGAUCUACGACGAGAGAAAAUAAUGGUGGAUCUGUUCGAAACAUUAGCAAAAUCAUUCGAUCGUAGUCUAAUAAAAAUCGACAAUGAAAAUAUAUCAAAGAUUCAGAUUAGAUCCCUUUCGAUAUGUUUAUUCUCUUCUGUUGCUACGGCUGCUGCUUCAUCGUCUCUAUCACAAAUCGAAAAAAAGUUUGUUAAUUUAGAAAUUGACUUGAAGAUAUCUUGGGAUUAUAAAGAUGAGGAUUUAGCAAAUAAAGUAAUUCCAAUUAUAGAAAAUAUUUACCAAUAUAAAAUAAAGAUAGAUAGAUAA